CGGCGGCCCCGCUCGCCCCGGGUUGCUGUGCUUUCCAUCCGCCUUGCGCGGUGCUGAGCGCCUGGGGCAGGCGGGAUUUCACGUGGAUCCUUGUGGCCGUGUUAUAGGAUUUAUGCUUCUGUGUUAAUUGUUAUUUCUUGUCGCUGAAAACUGGAACCUCCUUGCCAUUUUAGGAUUGCAGGUUAACCUAUUGAAAAAAACGGUAAAGCCGCUCUGAUUUUGGGGAGCACAAGCCGCGUUCGAGGCUUCUCGGCCAGCUGUCUACCAGUCGCGUUCUCUGAAAGGACGCCACCACAGCAUGGCUUGACAAGUGAUGCUAGGUCCACACCCAGGAUCUGAACCUGCAAACCCUGGGCUGCUGAAGUGGAGUGCACAAACUUAACCACUACACCACCAGGCCAGCCCUGCCAAUAUACUUCUUUAGCAAGGUACAUGGCUAAGACCUGGACACCAUCUGCACCUCACCCAGGAUUCUACAGUUUUCUCGUGGUGAAUUAUUGAUGGAUUUGAGUUGGUUGCUGGCAACUUCUGGGCAGGAGAAAUGGCUACAAUCAGACUGUGGUUUGGAAGGCAGAAUUUCUGUCUGUUAAAGAAGAGGAGUUUCUUGCUGUUGAAGCUCAUAGCUGUUGUCUUUGCCGUGCUUCUAUUUUGUGAAUUUUUAAUCUAUUAUGUAGUGAUCUUUCGGUGUAAUUGGCCUGAGGUGAAAACUCCAGCCUAUGAUGGCAAACAAGAGACUCUUGACCCUGUGCUGAAAGCCAUGUUUUUGGCUGAUACCCACUUGCUUGGGGAAGUAAGAGGCCACUGGCUAGACAAAUUACGAAGGGAAUGGCAAAUGGAGAGAGCCUUCCAGACGGCUCUGUGGUUGCUGCAGCCAGAAGUCAUCUUCAUUCUGGGGGACAUCUUUGAUGAAGGAAAGUGGAGCUCCUCCCAGGCCUGGGCAGACGAUGUCAAGCGGUUUCAGAAAAUGUUCAGACACCCACAGCAUGUGCAGCUGAAGGUAGUUGCUGGCAACCAUGACAUUGGCUUCCACUACCAGAUGAAUACAUAUAAAAUAAAACGAUUUGAGAAGGUUUUCAACCCUGAAAGGCUGUUUUCUUGGAAAGGAAUUAACUUUGUGAUGGUCAACAGUGUCGCACUGGAAGGGGACAGCUGCAACAUCUGCUCUGAAGCGGAAGCUGAACUCAUCGAAAUUUCUCACAAACUGAAUUGCUCCCGAGAGCAGGAGCAUCGCUCCAGCCGGUGUGGAGAUGGACCGCCACUGCCAGCGUCAGCCCCAGUCCUUGUGCAGCAUUUUCCACUUUACCGGAGAAGCGAUGCUAACUGUUCCGGGGAGGAUGCGGCCCCUGCAGAUGAAAGGGACAUCCCCUUUAAGGAGAGAUACGACGUGCUUUCUCGGGAGGCCUCACAAAAGCUGCUGUGGUGGCUCCGGCCGCGCCUGGUCCUGAGUGGCCACACGCACAGCGCCUGCGAGGUGCUCCACGGGGCCGGGACCCCCGAGCUCAGCGUGCCGUCUUUCAGUUGGAGGAACAGAAACAACCCCAGCUUCAUCAUGGGCAGCAUGACGCCCACAGAGUACGCGCUCGCCAAGUGCUACCUCCCGUUCGAGCACACCGUUCUGACCGUGUACUGCGGAGCGGCCGGCUUCCUUGUGGUCCUCAUCUUAGUUCACCUCGGGCUUCUAGGCUCACCUUUUGUUCUUGGCUGGAAGCUGCUCAGGAAAUUUAAGACAACAUGAAGAGCAGGAGACUUUUUGCAUUCAGUAAUAAAUAUCAAAACCAAAGAAACUGAACUUUGGGCAGUGCUUAGGUGAGAGGAGACCAAAGUAGGCUGUCUUUAUGCGCAUCAUAGAAUUUCUAAAUCACUGAUGCAAACUACUGCAGAACGAAUAGUUGAUUGUACUGUUCUCAUGCUAUAAAAAUGGACCACGUCCUCUACAACAAGUCUGUUUUCUCAUUUUAUCAAAUAUAUGUAUAAUCAAAGAUGAUCUCUGUACAAGAUGUAAAAGCUACCGAUGGCAUCACUCGCAUGCACUAGACAGUCCUUCCUCCGCAAGACGGAGCCGCAGCCCGGAACACGCUUGCGAUUAGGCGGACGCAGACCAUGGGAUUGCUUCUAUCUUCCUGUGACGUGAUUCUCAAAUUCCUAUAUACUAUAAGCUGUACACUCAAAAUAAAAGUACAGAUGCUACAAGCAGGAAUAAAUUGUUUUCAGAGUC